ACCGCAGCACUAUUUCGUAUUGGAGUGCUAGAAACACACGAGUAUUCUACCCUCCUCCCGAUUCCCGAGUCUGUUAUAGUCGUACCACCGUUAGCCAAGUCGUAUUGCUGCAGUAUCGUUCUCUGUUACCUUUCAUCCCCAUGACUGCAAGCGCCUGAUUCCGCUGUUAGCACGAAAGCGCGGUAAAGAUACAUACAUAUACUUUGUGCAAAACUACCGCAGACUACCGCAGAUUCACCUUCAAAGCUCGACCGACCUUCCUCGCGAAGCGCUGGACAUAAAAUGGAAAAUUGUACACACGCGACAUUCACCACCUGGAAAAGAUUAAAUCCAUAUAUCGAUGGGAAGUGAUACCCGAAGAGUGCCUUGCAAUAAAAGUUUGCUUUCGAUGUUUACAUAGCGAUCCGCGAAUUGCCGUUGUGAGUAGGCGUACGUAUACGUACAAGAUGCAUCUUUUAUUACAUCGAUACAGCAUCAUUCAUUCAGCAUUCCAUUUCUGUAAAUCGAACGACGUUAAAGUGAUCGAAUUUUCGCUCUCUUCCCUUUUUCUUGGGAGGGGACGGAGAGGGCGGAGAAAAGUUGUAGUCGUAAUUCAAAGAUCCGAUAAAUUACGUAAAUCGAAUUGAUGGACCACCGAGUUACGUGGGACACUUUAUAAUCUACCAUGAGCUCAAUUGGCAACAGACGUCUUUUCCGUCCCGUUUUUCGCGAGACUUUUUUCGGAAUCCCCCGAAACUCCCGACCCCCGUCCAUCGGAGGGAGUGGAAGGUCUCGUAGGUAGGUGUCCGUCAGCGGCCGACACGCCACGCAGCGUUAGACAGUCGCGGAUCCGUGGCUGAGGUGGUCGUUGUUGCGUCGGAUUUUGGCGGGGAAGUAGAUAUGGAGGGAAAGAGGAGAACGAAGAGGAUCGGGGCGCUUGCGCGAAUAACGCGUGGCGCGGAGUUACGAGACUUUCGUUUUAGUCAGUCUUGUCCCUUCGCGGAUCGUCAGCGUCCUCAACAUCAACGAUAAUCGGAGGACCACCCCUGGCGAAGGAGGAAACUGAAGAACGCUCCGUCAAGAUCGUUCGGAAGGAAAAAAAUUCAGAAGAAAUGGAAACGACGAGGCGGGGCGCGGCGAUCCGGCGAUGAUUGCGAAGAGACAACGUAACACUGGUCAGCGACAACUAUUGGGAUAAGAAGAGAAAAAAAUGCGGAAGACAUAGAAGGAAUGGAGGAUGUUCGUUUGAAAAGCAACUUUGAAGAAGAAUGGGUUCACUCGGUCGAAAGAGAAAAGAAAAACGAAUAAACGCAUUCAAUUCUUCGUACACCUUCAUUUUUCUCGGACGAUGAUUCAAUUUGUGUAUAAAUUUAAAUGAAAUAAUUACUCGUAUGUGCGGAGAUGAAAUAUAGGUAGGGAUUAAAUUAUAAUUGGGGCACGUCGUGUGACGUCUGCAAGGUGAAAUAAAAUCUUUUUCAUGUAUACCUAUGCAAACACGUACGAGUAAAACUGUCACGAGGGAGAUAUAAGCCGUGGAGAACGAACGACUAAUUUGUUUGCGUUGUAGAUAAGAGAUCGCGACGAAUCUCUCACUUCUACUCGAAUAAAUAAAAAAACAAGGCAAACACAAAAUUCUUGAAAAAUAUGUCAGAAAUUUUGGAAAAUUCACAAAAUUUCUCAAUAAACAACGACAAUAAAGCCCUGGCGGAUUCAGCGGUUUCGAAAAUCCGCUGCGAUCGGAUGUCGAAUUUGGGCUUAAAAUCGUCAACGACGACAACGGAAAUGAACACGAGGGCUCAACGUCGUUGGCGACUCCUCGCAAGAGCUUUGACUCGAUCUCCGGAAUUACGACUGGAGAACGGGGAAGAAGACGAGCGAAUAUCGGUCCGAAGGUUCACUACGUUCGGUCUCGUGAAUCCCUUCGUUCUGGAGAACGUAGUCGGCGACCAAGAAUCUACUUGGUACGAGUACAGGGCGAAGAUCGAUGAAAAAUCAUACGCGAUCGAAAUACGGGAGAUAAAUAAAACCUUCACCGCGAACGAGCUGAUCGGGUUCAACAACACCGGUAACAUAUGCGUGUGGCCGUCGGAGGAAUGCCUCGCGCAUUAUCUGCUGACAAAUCGUGAGAUCUGCGAGGAUAAGAUGAUCCUCGAACUCGGGGGUGGAAUGAGCUGUUUGGCGGGAGUGUUUGCGGCCAAAUAUUGCGGACCUGCCGGGGUCACUUUGACCGACGGAAACGUAACGAGCGUGGACAACGCGCGGUGCAUCGUAGCGAGAAAUAAAAUGAACGAAUUCAUCAAGUGCGGGGUCGUUCAGUGGGAGAGAGCGGCGAGGGCUCUCAGACAGGACAACGCUAACGCGAACCACGUGCACCAGAGUUGGACGACGGAAUCCGGCGACGAAUGUCGGAGAACGCCCGGAGAGGGUCUUUACGACGUGAUUCUGAGCGCGGACUGUCUUUUCUUCGACGAGGCUCGCUUGGACUUGGUGGAGACGAUAUUCGGGUGGCUGGCGGACAACGGGAUCGCCCUGAUAGUCGCCCCCCGUCGGGGUUCCACGUUCCAAAAAUUUCGCGACGCUGCGAUCCAGCGAGGUUUUUCCACGAAGCAAAGGGAAAUCUACGACCCGAUCGUCUGGUCGAGACACCUGGAGCUCAUGGAGCACAACCAAGAAUACUGCCCCGAUCUUCAUUACCCCGUACUGCUGGAACUCACCAAACAGAAGGCGCCCGGAUGACGGAAAAUUUUCAUGAGAAAAUUCAUCUUUUUAUCCUUGAAAUUCCUCUUCGUAUGAACGCAUCAACCUGCGGCGCGGGAUGACGCGAGCCCUUUUUCUUUCCUCUCGGGGGGAAAAAAAAGUAAUACAUCGAACGACAUCUUUGUCUCUCAGUUGUUGUACAGACGUCGUUCGAAUAUGUUUGAUUUUGUUGAACGAAAAUACGACCCCUGUUCUACCUGUACCUCUACCUACUUUGGUGUUUAGAAAUGUGAAUUGAAAUAAUUUCGUUGUCGCGAUUAAUAGUGUAUGUCAAGUCUGUUCUUCAUUCCCAAUUUGUUGAUGAGAAUUUCGUUUUUUCCCAACAAAGAUCUAAAAGAAGAUAUAUCGAGAUUUACCCCCAGAGAAUCGUGUGUGUACUGAUCGUAGAUUCUUUGAUGGAAUAUGUGUCUGUCACGCGAUGGCUUCGAGUUUAGGAUGACGGUCGAUCGUUACAAUCGAACGGGUCAAUUGUAGAAAUUUUCAAUCUUAUCCUAGGAACGCGUCGUUGAAUAGAAUCUAGUUCGUAAUUAUUUGUGGAUACUCGUAUAUGCGUGUCAAAUAUAUUCUGUAAACAUAUCGCAGGGUUGAUGCGAAACUACUUGAAAAAAACCGAUUACCUAACACAUGCAAACAACAACCAAACCACAUCAAUCGUUAUGCUUAUUAGGUAUACAAAUAGAUGAAUUUAGAUAUUUUUUCAAUCCCUAGUAAAUUUAUUAUCAAUCGAUUAAUCGACUUCAACCUUCAGGUACAUUUAUCGAAAAUAUCGCGAAACGGUAUGUAUACUCGGAUGUACACGAAGUGUUCUCGAAAAGGACCAAAUAAUGUUAAGAUGUAUUGAAUUAAUGUGUAAUAUAUGAAUCUAGUCAAGAUCCUCGGAAUCUCAAUUAGUGUGUAACGCGAACACGUGCUGCGACGGAUGAAAAAGCGCGGGAAACGCGUACAGUUAGACCCAUCCGUUCACCAUCUUCCAGUUGUGUUCGAAUUGUAACCCAGCGGUGCUCCAUAAUUAGUGAGCGAUAUUUAUUGUUUCAUCAAUGUCGAUAAAUACAAAUACAAAAUUCA